AUGAAGGAGGAAUUUGAAUAUGAUGAUACAUUCAACUAUCACAAAGAGAAAGAUUUUGAUGCUGCUUUGAGCAAGUAUUUCCCAAAUGGAAUUGAUGUAUACCUUGACAAUGUUGGCGGUAGAAUGCUUGAGGCUGUUCUCAACCUUGUCAACAAGCAUGCAAAGAUCCCUCUUUGUGGCAUGAUAUCUGAGUUGAGUACAAUAAGGUGCAUAUGCAAGGGUUCAUGCUGGGCUCAUACAUGGAUCGUUUUGGGGAUUAAUUUUGCAAAGGAUAUGGAGGGCCACCUAAAGCAAGGCAAGAUUGGUUCUAAGCUCAAAAUCUUCCAUGGAAUUGAUAAAUUCUUGGAGAGUUUAGAGGAUCUCUAUUCACCAGCUGCAACAUUGGAAAAGUAG